AUGGAAUUGAAAAAUGACUGCUCUACUCUACAAAAUGGCAAUACUUUCCGUGGAUAUCUGAACGAGUUACAAAAGUACUACAGAGGAAGAUCCAGAUCUUACCGUUUGUAUGAACGACAAAUCACUGCUGUACAGGAGUUCAAGGAACCAUACCCGACACCUGCUAGCACUGAGACGCUUAGUAUAGCCUAUAUGGAGCUCAUGAAUAUGCAUGCCUAUCCGCAAAUCCAGGGUGGGGCCAAGUUCACCCUUCAACUUAGAUUAAAAACAGACGACGAUAUAGCUAAUAUUACCAUAACCACAGCCAUUAGGCUUACAUAUGCGGACGGUACGCUAAUUCCUAAGGAGUUCAUUUUCCAGGAAAUCUAUAAAGCAGUCAAGGUGUUUGCAGAAAACUACGGCGAUUCUGAGGUCCUGGCUAUCAUGAUAAGUUGUUAUACCGAUGGGUGUUUAGAUGUAGUACGACUUCCUACUAAAGAAGAAUCUGAUAAUUCUUUAAAGAAUGUUUUCUAUAAGUAUUGCGAAAUCACUAAUUUUAAAAAACCUAUGACGCCCAAAAACCAGCAUAAAGUAGCUCGCUAUAAUUGCUAUAUAACAAAAGAAAAUCAAGUGAUAAAGAACAAAACGAAAUUCAUAGUGGCCGAUCUAGAAACGAUUCCCUAUAAAUUAGGAGAAAACGACGAAUACAAUACACACGUCCCCUACGCAGGGGGGUAUAUGACGAUUGAUACGGAUAAGGGAUUAGAUGAAAAUAAAAUUAUAAUGUUCUAUGCUGAUGACUACAAAAUACUAUACGAAGAUUUUAAGUCAAUGAGUACAAAGAUGCUCACAGUUAUGAUGAACAGGUUGAUCAAAGAAGCCAGAUCAGCAAGAACAUGUUUGGUAGUAUACUUUCAUAAUUUAGGUCAGUUCGAUGGUCUUUUUAUACUAAGGCAUUUAACAAUGGAACACAGGGGUUUGGUAGUAGAACCCUUGGUUCGAAACCGUAUUAUUUACAAGAUAAGUGUCUAUACAGUAUCCCCCAAGGGCAGGCGAAAGAACAUAUUGUCGUUCCAAGACUCAUACCACCUUUUUAAAGGUAAAUUAGAAGAACUAGCCCGUUGUUUUUGUCCUAAACUAAACGGUAAGGGUGUUAUCAACCACGACAGUGUUUCGCUCGACAAUCUGGGGAUAUAUAAGGACGAUUACUUAUCUUACCUAAAACAAGAUAUUAUGCUACUAGGCGCUGUUAUGCUCGAAGCAAAAGCUAUCUAUUAUGAUUUGUAUCAGGUCGACAUACUUAAUCGAUUAACAAUAUCUUCACUGGCCCUCUCCAUCUUUAGGCGUAAAUACAUAAACGAUAGUGAAAAGAAUAGGAUCUACAUCCUAAACGACAAUGAAGAACAAUUCAUUAGGAGUGGAUACUACGGCGGUCAUACAGAUGUAUAUCUACCUACGGGGGAACAUUUGAAGUAUUACGAUGUGAAUUCUCUAUACCCCUAUUCUAUGUUAUCAGAGAUGCCAGCGGGCAAGCCUAGAUGGAAAAAUAAUCUUGGGUUAAAGAAAACCAAGAUUGAGCUGAAGGAUAUGUUUGGUUUCAUUAAAGCGUUCAUAAUAUGCCCUGCUGACAUGCACAAGCCAUUUCUACCUUAUAAACAGAGUGACGGUACGCUCAUAUUUCCAACUGGUAGGUUUAUAGGUGUCUAUUUUUCUGAGGAGCUAAAGUAUGCUGUAAGUAUCGGUUACAAGGUCUACCCAAUCUGCGGCUAUCUGUUUGACAGAAUGGAAUCACCAUUCAAGGAUUUUGUGAAUGAUAUCUACCGAAGAAGGCUUGAAGCAAAGGCUAGAGGGGAGAAAGCUUUAGAUUUUAUUCACAAGACCACUAUGAAUAGUCUCUACGGCAGGUUUGGUAUUAACCCUGAAAGCACUACCACCUUAAUUCUUAAUAAAGAAGAAGCACUCAAAUUCCCUAUGGAGCAUGAAGGAUUUAUGCAUAGCGAAGAACUAUGUGCUGAUAGGUUCCUCAUAACCUACAAAAAUAAAAGAAGUGCUGAAUUACAGCGAAAACGCGAAAAACCCCCGGCUAAUGCAGCAGUGCAAAUCUCAGCAGCCGUCACAGCCUAUGCGAGGAUACAUAUGUAUCCAUAUAUAGCAAGGGAGGAUUGCUACUAUACUGAUACGGAUUCUAUUGUUGUUAAGCACCCUCUUCCCGCUGAUGAAGUAUCUGCGACCAAAUUAGGUGCUUUCAAGCUAGAACACGAUGUUACUAAAGGGGUCUUCCUAGCUCCCAAGUCCUACAUGUUACAGACGGUAAGAGAUGAGCAGAUCGUGAAGCAUAAAGGUGCUGGAAAAAUAAUGGCUAAUGAGAAGUGGUUCAUAAACCAGCUAGAUGACCCUCAUCUCAAGCAUACUUUCGAAUACGAACUAAAGUUCAGUAGGAACUGGCAUAAGCUGCUGGUGGAAAAGAAAACAGCGCGUAUCACUAUGGGUAUAGAAAGUAAGAAGCGAGACUUCGUUUUUGACCGGUAUGGUAAAUGGGUUGGAACUAAACCUAUUCAUGUAGGAGAUGGGGAUGUUAAUAGUUUGAAUCCCACAUCCUAUAAGCUAAUUAAGAGCUUGCUGGAGCAGAAUGAGGAUCUCCGAGUAGAACUCGCUAAAUCUGAACAGAUGAAAUCUGGUACACAGAAUAUCAAAGAUUCUAGUAAGAAGAAAGCUUCUAAGAAGAAGUCUGACAACCCUGAUAAGAAAGCUGAAUAA